AUGGCCUUCCGCCGCGGUUAUGAGGCUUUCCUCAGGACCGUGCGGGCCGGCUUUCGCGGGGCGCAUGGGGCACGCUGUGCACGGCCACAGAUAUUGGGAGCAAAUGCAGCAGCCGCGGCAGUCCUCACCUGCCAGUACUCAAAUCAGAGGACCAUUUCGUCCUGCGAGGCAAGCGCCGCGGGCGGAAGCAGCAGCAUCAUCCGGUUUCGGGUGGACAGCGACCGGCCCGGGCUUCUCAGUGAGGCCACGGAGGUGCUGAAAAAGCAGCAGAUCAACAUCCGCGACGCGCGGAUCUCCACGGAGGAGGCCUCACCGCGCGCGACGCAUGUAUACAUCGUGGAGGACCGGGGCGGCGGGGGCCUUUCCGAUCAGCGCCUGGCAGAGGUCCGGGCAGCUCUACAACAGCUGGCAUCAGGCUCUUGCGAGGCAGAGCCUUGGCCCCUCUUCUCUUCAGAGGAGGUCUCGAAGCACCAGACGCCCGAAUCCGGGAUCUGGGUUAGCUACAAGGACGGCGUCUACGACAUCACUAGCUUCGUGCAAAACCACCCUGGUGGCAAAGACAAGAUCAUGCUGGCAGCCGGUAAAGCCAUCGAUCCUUUUUGGCGCAUCUACCAGCAGCACACCGGCAGAGGCAACGCGCUGGAACUGCUUGAGACUAUGCGGAUUGGGGAUCUCUCGGAUCCGCCCAAAGAGAGCUCGGGGGCCUGCAGCUGUCCUUACGACAGCGACCCGGAGCGGCAUCCGGGUCUGAUCUUUCACAACAACAAGCCUUGCAACGCGGAGCUACCAUCUGAGCUAAUGAUGGACUCCUGGUUGACGCCGAACCCCGUCUGGUUCAUCCGUCACCAUCACCCAGUGCCCGUGGUGGAUCCUGAAGAGUUCCGGCUUUGCAUCGAAG